UCAGGCUGUGCUGGCCGAAUCACGCAUGUCUGGCCGCGGGUUUCCUUCUUUGGUUCAUCGCAUAUGGUAUAAAUGCCUUGGUAGUGGCUGUAAAAGGAGAAUUCAACCUUCACAUGAUAUCUCACGACUACGGAUCUGCUUUCCUUGGAUCGAGCUCCUGACAACCUUGGAACAGGGUACCGCACGAUUUGAGGACCUCAUAGCAUCAAGUCUCGUCAGACAUUACCUAUAGUCGAUCCAGUCAAACAAGGCGUCAUGAGCUCGGCAUACGUUGAGGAAUUGCUCGGCUCGCUGAAGGGGCUGUAUGACUCUGCCGACUUCUCGGAUCUGGUCGUGACUUGUGGCGAAGAAAAGCACAAUGUCCACCAGGCGGUCGUGUACCCGCGCGCGCCGAAGCUCAGGGAGCUACACGGGGGGCAUGGUGAAAGCAAAAAGCACAUCGACCUUUCCGAAGACGACCCCCAGGCCGUCAGGCUUCUUCUCUACUACCUCUACCACCUCGACUAUCCCCAUAUCGCGACCGGGGAUGAGAUGAACCUCUCAGCUACGACAGCACCAGAGGAGCAGAUCCACACUAAUGGCUUUCAAAGCCACCACCCAGAACAAGACUCUCCACCUACAGCCACGACGGACAACAAGGGUAGUGUCCUUUUCGUCACUGCGGCCGCAAGCACAGACGACCCGGCUGGUGGCGUCAAGCUAACGUCGGGCGUCCCGGAGUACUCGAUCGAGAAAGAGGCCUUCAUCACCAACGGUAGCAUCAACGGCAGCCCGAAAGAGGCUUCCGACGAUGUGGCCGUGAAGCUGUCCAAGAAGGCGAGGAAGAAGAAGCAGCGGUCUCUGACAACGGCGUCUUCGUCGUCACUCGGAGCAGCCGAGGUUGUAUCUCCAUCUCUGUUCACCAACGGGGUCACUGCCAGCACAGAGGCAGUGAAUGGCAACAACAACAAUGUCGUGACCAUGAGCCCCGGGGCGACUAACGAACCGGUGGCUGCUGGUACUCAUGUUAUCAAUGGACAACAGCCUCCUCAUCCUGAUCACGCCAAUAGCAACAGCAACAACAACGAUAUCAUCACCACUACAGCUACCAACACCACCACAGAACGAGCCAAACCCCAAUCUCCGUCCCCGAACCUGACCAUCCACGCCCGCGUCUACGCCCUCGCCACAAAAUACACCGUGGCGGGACUCCGCUCCCUCUCCGCGCACAAGUUCUCCGCCGACCUGCACACGCACUGGUCGUCGGCCGACUUCCUCGCCGCCACGCGCGAGGCGUACACCAACACGGCCCGCGAGGACCGCCGGCUGCGCGACGCCGUGCUGGACGCCAUCAAGGCGCACCAGGGCGAGCUGCUCGGCCGGGCGGACGUCAGGGAGGUGAUUCGCGGGCUGGAGCUGAGCUUUGAUCUGCUGAUGGUUCUGCACGGCGGCGGCGGAGGUGCUGGCGCAGCAGGCGGAGGUGCAAGCGGAGGGGGGUCAAUGGGUUUGCCGACGGCGGCGGUGGUGGGAGUGUGAGUAGUCGGACGAGCAGCGUUGUCAACGGGAGUACUGGGUAUGGCAGUGGGGGCCUUGGGUUCGGGAGCGGCGGCAGUGGGAGG